AUGUCUGAAUGUGGUGCUGACCAGCAAUAUCAGUUUCACGAAUUUGUUCCAUGUGGAUCAUCCACGCCGGCAUCCGAGUUGUCCGGCACAACUGCAGCCUCUCGAUCCUCACAUCUAUUGCCAUACUGUCUCCCGUCUACAACGACAACCUCUCUUGAUAGGGAAAACGCAGAGUUUACGGUUAAACAAGAACUCAAAGCAGAAGAGAUCUCGUCGACUUCUCCAAGUGCAGACUUCACGGACCAUAAAACAUCAGUUAUGAAAACGGAAGAAGAACAAACAAUAUCCAGCCGUUCGACUGGUGUUCUUCUUCCGUUGUCUAUAGACACGAAGGCGCUUUAUACUAGUUUGCCUUCAUAUGCUCUUUUUAUUUUUGGUUUUCAUUUUGCUUUGUUUCCGGUUUCUGAAAAUGAACACUGUACGGGAAGCUUGAAUGAGUGUGCUGUAUGUGGACCUGAGAAGGCUAUUUGGGUGCCAAACACAAGUGAAACUGGUGAACCACUAAUUGAGCCGACUUCCAAACAUGGGCAGACGAUAAAAAUAGAUCCAAUUGAUACUUUUUGGAUACAAUGUGAUGGAUGUGCAAAGUGGUUUCAUGGAAGUUGUGUUGGAGUGGAGGAGUAUGAAGACGUGUUGAUUGACAAAUUUCACUGCGUUGAAUGCGCACUGACCAAAGGAUCCACACAGAUGAAGACUGUUCUACUGCGACAUCGUUUCGCGUUCGAUGAUCUUUCGCAGGCAAAUCUUCCGGUCGAGAUUGGCACAGAGUCAUGGAUAAAAGAAUUCGUGAAGAUAGAAGCGAAGAUUCCUCCUCCGAACGAGCAGCAUGUUAUCAUUUGCAAGAAUGGCUUUGACUUUAUGGAUCAAUUCGAUCGGAGAUCAGACUGGAAGAAGGUAUAUUUGAUCGAACAACCACGAGGCUUAGAGCUCAGAGUCCCAGAUAAGGAGGAAAACUUUUCACUUCGUUCCAUUGUUGAGAUCUUAGGUCGAUCUUACAAAGUCGAUACAAUCGACGUUUAUCGUCAAGUGACUCAAAGUAUGUGUAUCGGAACUUUCUACGACAAAAUGGUUGCCCCUCAGCGACUACGGCUCUACAACAUUUUGAGUCUAGAGUUCAGUCAAAAUGAGAGCAUGAGGAAAAUGAUUUCUCCACCGAUACUGGUACCCGAGCUGAGUUUCGUGCACAAGUUGUGGCCGGACAAAAACGACCUUGUAAACUGGGAUCCUGAACUCGAUUACUUGCCAUCGUCGAUGAAGGUGCAACAGGUUGUCGAAGUGCUAGAAGAACACCGUAGAAACAAACCCGAAGUUGCGUUGUUCUGUUUGUGUGGUAUGGCUGGAUCGUAUACAGACUUUCACAUAGAUUUUGGAGGAUCAAGUGUAUGGUACCAUAUUUAUGAAGGGCAGAAAAUCUUCUACAUUGUUGAGCCAACCGAUGAGUUUUUGGAUCUUUUUGAGGAACAUCAGCGAUCUGAAACUAAAACCGAGACAUUCUUUGGUGAUUUGUUGCCUCAGGGAGCGUUACGUCGGGUAGUUAUCGAUGAGGGCCAAACGCUGAUGAUCCCUUCUGGAUGGAUACACGCAGUAUACACGCCACUCGAUUCUUUGGUUUUUGGAGGGAAUUUUCUUCACGCUUUGAAUGUGCCCAUGCAACUAAAGAUAUAUGAAAUGGAACAGCGCUUGAAAAAGGAGGUAGGAACAGAGGACAAAUAUCUUUUCCCUCAUUUUGAGCUAGUCAAUUGGUACGCUGCAAGGUCGCUGGUGCUGGAACAUCUGAGGGAAGCCAACGACGAAGGUAGUCGCGUCGAGCAGUACAUGUUCGACGCUGCAUUAGCGCUACUGCCACGAUUGAAGGAGUGGAUGCGUCGUGACAAAGAGGACAAGGCUAAUGUUACUCAUUCCUCAUUCAGCGAUGUUUUAGUAAAACUGCAGAGGGAAAUUAACAAACAACAGCGUCUUCGUCGUUCCCUAUCGCCUGCACGUAGAUCGCCGAAGAAAAGCGCGAAGAAACGGAAAUCGGAGGAGCAUGAACUUUUUGUUGAAGCUGGAACAAACACCUCAUCUGUCAGUGAAUCAGCGUCUUCUUCACACAGGAGGUCAGAUCUUGAGACAUGCACUGUUCAGAGCGAAACUCAUGUGACCCAACCUACGUCAUCGACAGGUGCGGAGUCUUGCGGCGACCCUCAGAACGAAAUUCCAGUUGACUUUCGACUAAAACUGACCAAAAGAGGAAAGAAUUAUGCUUCGUCGGUUGUGGAAAAGCCUGAUCCUAUGCUCGAGGAAGUAAAUAUGACUCAAAUGUUUGCUCGACGUAGUCACAGUGGACGUCAACCUCGGCCAUCUGCUUGGUUGGCUGAGGCUGUAGGAUUAGAUGAGUUGGAAAAGACAGCGAAACAAUUGGAAGAACAAGGAGAACAACUACCUGAACGAGAAAUCGUCACGUACGAUGUUGAAAUGGAAUUGGCUUGCGAAGAAGAAGAAAGAGAUUUGCUGCGUGAGGAACGGGCAAAGAAAAAAGGCAAAGUUGUGGUUGGUUCAGGAGACCCACUGCGAGGGAUAGCCAAAAAGAAACCAAGUACUGUAAAACAGAGGCUCGCGGCCAAGUUGAAAUUGAAAUGA